AUGGAUGACUGGAAAAGUCGGCUUGUAAUCAAGAGCAUGGUUCCCCAUUUCGCCAUGGUGGGAAAUCGUCAGGAGCCCAGAAAGCUCCAGGAAUCGGGAACCAUUAAGAGGAGACAGGAAGGAGAUAAUUUCCAGUUUCCAGGCAUGGCUGACGGGGGUUACCCUAAUAAAAUCAAGAGGCCUUGCCUGGAAGACGUUACCCUUUCUAUGGGCCCGAGCGCCCACCCCAGCACGUCCUGUGCGGAGCUGCAGGUUCCUCCGCUAACCAUGAACCCCAGUCCCUCGGCUGUGGGAGUAACGGGCCAUUCGUUGCCACUCGAAGCGAAUCCCAUGAAUGGCAAUGUCAUGGGCUCACCAUUCGUGGUGCCGCCGGCUGCAGAAGUGGGACUGAAAGGGCCCACUGGCCCCUACUAUGACAAAGCCAACAGCGUGCCGGCUGUGGACCAGGAACUUCAAGAUCUCCUGGAGGAGCUAACAAAAAUUCAAGAACCUUCUCCAAAUGACCUAGAUCUCGAGAAGAUCCUGGGGAGCAAGCCGGAAGAACCACUGGUCUUAGAACACCCGCAGGCGACCCUGGGUACAACUGCCAAGCCUCCGGUUCAGAUGCCACACUUGGAGAGCCUGGGCUCCAGCAAGGAGUUUGCUUCUAGUUGCAGCCAGCUCCCUGCCGCCGCGCUGCAAGUCCCGCCCUCCCCGGCGGGGAUCGGCUACGCCAUUCCCUCCACCAGUAAGCAGGUGGCCUCGCCCAGCUCUACGGCGGCACAGGCCAAGAGCCAGGUCCAGGGGGUGCUCCCUGUCACUUUGCCCCCGCUCCCGGUGCCUCAGUGGCAUCACGCCCACCAGCUGAAGGCGCUGGCGGCCAGCAAGCAGGGGUCCGCUACGAGGCAGCCCGGGCCCAGCCCCAGCUGGUCGGGCCUGCCGCCUCCGGGCCUCUCCCCGUCUUACCGCCCGGUGCCGUCGCCGCACCCCCCGCCGCCGCCCCCGCCGCCGCCGCCGCCGCCGCCGCCGCCGCCGCCGCCGCCGCAGUUCAGCCCGCAGAGCCUCAUGGUGUCCUGCAUGGCGUCCGGCAACCUGCCGGGGAGCGCUUUCCAAGCGUCGCCCAACGCCUUACUCGCCAGCAUGGCAUCCAGCGGCAGCGCCGCCCUUGGGCCCGCCAUGCUCUACACUCCCGAGAAGCUCCCCAGCCCCGCUCUCAGUCAGCAGCCGCAGUUCAGCCCUCAGAGCUCCCUUCUGGCCAACCUGGUGUCCUCUAGUGUCAAAAGUCCGCCAGGACACCUGCUGUCCGCUCUGCCCACCAGCACCCCGGGGCCCUCCCCGCCCUACCGGCCGGAGAAGCUGUCCAGCCCGGGCCUGCCACAGCAGUCCUUCACCCCGCAAUGCUCCCUGAUCCGGAGCGUCACCCCCUCCGGCAACGCGCUAACUCAGCCGCCGCCGCCGCCGCCGCCCCCCCAGCAGUCAACAAGCAUCUUCAAGCCCAUGACCGCCAACUCACCCAAAACCCUGAGCAUGAUCAUGCAGCAGGGGCUGGCCAGCCCCAGCCCGGGAGUCCCGGAGCCAUUUACUUUUGGCAACACCAAGCCCCUGUCGCAUUUCGUUUCCGAGCCGGGCCCCCAGAAGAUGCCCUCCAUGCCUGCCACCUCUAGGCAGCAGUCCCUGCUCCACUACCUGCAGCAGCCGCCGCCGGCCUCCUCUGCCACCGCCUCGUCCACCACCACUGCCACCUUGCAGCUGCAGCAGCCGCAGCCUGACCACUCCUCGUUCCUCCUGCAGCAGAUGAUGCAGCAGCCCCAGCGCUUUCAGCGGUCAGUGGCCCCGGACUCCAUGCCUUCUCUGCCCAGACAGGUAAGACGAGCUCACGUCUGGUCGCGCCCCCUGCCAUCUGUUUUCACAGAGCUCCAGCACUGGAGCUCUCACCCUGGCAGGCAAGGGCCUCAGCCUGGGGACACAUCACCAUCUAACACGACCCAUGUAGACAAAGCCUGCAAGCUUGGGGAAGCCAGGCCCCCCCAGGUCAGCCUCGGGCGACAGCCCCCAUCCUGCCAGGCCCUGGGGAGUGAGUCCUUCCUGCCCAGCAGCUCGUUUGCCCACGAGCUGGCCCGAGUCACCUCCUCGUACAGUACCUCAGAGGCCGCGCCCUGGGGCGGCUGGGAUCCGAAGGCCUGGAGGCAGGUGCCCGCUCCGCCACUGCCUAGCUGCGACGCUGUAGCGAGAGAAGCAGAGAUCAGGUCUUACGGCAAUGACCCCUGA